AUGAAAUCUACAACGGAUAUUUGUAGCUAUAUGAGGCAAUCGUCAGUAUUUUCUAUUAAGAUGAAACAAAAAUACUACAAUGAAAUCGGCUUUGUAGCCAAUCAUUAUGAGAAAAUUAAAAGCGACACAGAAGUCAAAACUGAGUUUUUUCUCUUUUUUUUUUACUUUACGUUUGGCAAAAUGAGAACCGUUUAUGCUCAUCUUGUAGGAUUUGCAAUAAAUUCACUCCUAAAAUAUAAGCUGUUAAUGGUAUACUCAGCAGCUUGUACAUCGAGGAUUAUGUUAGUAUUCAUUGGGCUCUAG